GUGUGGCGGCGGAGCGCCGGGCUCGCCGCUUGCGUGGCGGCGCCACGGGACGGGAGAAAGACGAUCCUGAGCCCGCGAGCCCGCAGCGGAAGUGGAAGAAGGACGUACGUGUGUGGGAGAGAGGCCUCUGCCUGGUUUAAGAAGUCACAACUUGCUCAGCCAAGAGUGUGGGGACUGGAGUGAGCCCGCCGCCGAGGGUCCGCGGAUGCCGGCCAGAAGGGGGUGGCGCGGCCCGCAGACGUUAAAAUACCGCCCUCCUGCGAUUCUCACGUAUUUCACUCCUUUACUUUUAUGUCCCAGGGUGAGAUGGCUGUUAGCCCACAUCCUAGUGCAUGUUGGUUUAGUCAGGUUGCUAUGCGCAGAACCAUUCCGGUGGGAAGAGAAGCGGAACCUGGCAGCGGAAAGAGUGCCUCUGGGACCUGGAACUCGGUCUCCGAGGGCAGUUUGAGGUGAAAUGCUCUGAAUUUUGCCAGAGACUGUCUCGCCUCUUCUUUGCCCCAAACUUCUUACAGUUUGACUUGGAAGAAGUAAUUUACAAAAGAUACCAUUUAGAAAAGAAGCCAGAAAGAAUGUAAAUCUAGCCCUAAGUCCAGAAAGACACAUGAGGGAGACUGACGUAAACCGUAGGAAUCAGGCAGCAUUGCUGACCCCACCCUGCCUGGCCUGGGCCCUUCAAGUGUCUGGAGCUCAGAGAUGUGGCCCAGGGGAGGGAACUGUGGCUAGUUAAGGAGGCCAUGCCUGAUGUUGCUUCCAGAUCGCAUGUCAGCACCGAGUCCUCAGUUGCUGGUGGCAGCUGCUCAGCAGACCCUGGGCAUGGGAAAGAGACGUGGCCCGCCCCGAGCUGUCUGCCUUCACCUAGCCGGAGAGAUACUGGCUGUGGCCCGGGGACUGAAGCCAGCGCUGCUUUAUGAUUGCAACGGUGCAGGGGCAUCAGAGCUCCAGAGCUAUCUUGAGGAGCUGCAGGGCCUGGGCUUCCUGACCAAGGGACUUCACAUCCUUGAGAUUGGAGGAAACAGCCUGAUUGUCAGACCUGAGCAUGUAUGCCAGCACCUGGAGCAGGUGCUGCUUGGUACUAUAACCUUUGUGGAUGUUUCCAGCUCCCAACCUCACCCUUCUAUCCACUCCCUGGACCAGCUUCAGGACUUGAAGUCCCUCAUAGCUGAGAUCAUCACCCAUUUGCAGGGGUUGCAGAAGGACCUGUCCCUGGCAGUCUCCCGCAGCAGGCUCCAUUCCUCAGACUGGAAUCUCUGUACUGUGUUUGGGAUCCUCCUGGGCUAUCCUGUUCCCUACACCUUUCACCUGAACCAGGGAGAUGGCAACUGCUUAGCCCUGACCCCACUACGGGUAUUCACUGCCCGGAUCUCAUGGCUACUUGGUCAACCUCCAGUCUUGCUCUAUUCCUUUAGUGUUCCAGAGAGCUUGUUCCCAGCCCUGAGGGACAUUCUAAACACUUGGGAGAAGGACCUUAGGACUCGAUGUAGGACUCAGAAUGACUUUGCUGACCUCGGCAUCUCCUCUGAGAUAGUCACACUGCCAGCUGUGGCCCUCUGACUAACUCCCAUGUAGAAAGUAUUCAGUAAAUAUUCAGCUCUAAGACAGGGAUUACAAAUAGGCAUCAUCUCAAGGUCCACUUCCAAGCAUCUGGCCACACCUGUGAUGGGCACGGGACCAGGCAGUGGUUGUGGCAGCCUUGGUAGUACAUACUUGCUACGGAGUCCUCUUGACUUAGAUGAGAUAUCUAUUCCUUUUUCACUGGAUAGAAGAUAGAAGGAAAGAGAUUGUGAAGAACGGGGUUGAGGUGGGGGGGCAUGGAUGUGGAGGAGGGUAAUAGGGGAUAAAUGAUAAUAGAGCCCUAGCUGGUUUGGCUCAGUGGGUAGAGUGUCGGGUUCGAUUCUGGCCAAGGGUGUGCUGGAAGCAAACA